AUGCGCGCUUUCAAUACCGCCAUCAUCUCCACAUUGCUCGUGGCCAUGUCUCAUCUAGCUCAAUCUCAAGACUGCGAUUUUGUCGACGACCAGGCCUGUUGCUACACCUCCACUGACAGCAACAGCGCUGUAGCGUACUGCUGCAACGGCUCCGUCAGAGGAAACUUUGGCAGCGGCUCUGAUGAUGCAUCAGCCCUCAAUGAUCUCAUCUGCUGUCAAGACGACGGCAUCACAAACAUCAAUAUCGGCUACGCUCGCACCACCUGUGUCGCUGGCUCUGCCACUCCUUUGACCGCUAAGGGAACUGCAGCAAGCACUGUUGCAGAUGCUAUUCAGAGUAUCAGUGCGUCCAAGAGUGCGAGUAGAGAGUCGCUGUUUAGCUCCAUUUCUGCUUCGACGGCAAGUGCUGCUGCUGCUUCCUCGGCCUCUGCCACAGGUACUGGUGCAUCCAGCGCGAUGGGUUCGUCUACCACUUCACCUGCUUCUUCUUCAAGCAGUGUUGCGAGAUCUGCUUCUGGUUCUUCGGCCUCGGGUGCCGCGGCAGGUACAACAUCCUCUGGUGCCUCGACAGCGGCUGCGACUACUUCUCCAACAAGCACUGGUGGUGUUGCUAUGAUGACCAUGGAUGCCUGGAAUGUUGCAAUGGCUGGCGGUGUUGCUUUUGUCGCAGCUGUGCUGUAG